GAUUAAAGUUUAUUGCGUAACACGAAUCAAAUCUUUCUCCUUCUGCCAAACAAUAACUGGUUAAAUCUAGAUCAGAAAUAAAUUAUUGAGUACUUUUUACGUAAAUUUCAACCGAUCCCAGCUUGUUUACCUUACAUAUAAAUCCGACUUUGUAAUUGGUAUGUAAUUGUAAAAUUGUAAUUUCGAUACUAACGAGUGUAUCCGAGUUUUUCACGAGUCCCUAAGUUAUACAUUUUUUGAUAAAAUUAGCCACUCUUGAUUUUAAAGUUUACGAUAUCACGAAUGAUAUCAAGGUGGGGACGGUGACUCGUUGGUAGUUUUCCGCACCAGAUAGCCCUACUGUAAUCGUAUUUGUUUUGAUAUGUGAACGAGUAGAUACUUAUAUAAGGAUGACCGAAAAUCAUCUUAUGUAGUGAUAAAAUUGUCAACGAAAGCAAACGUAGUCCGGAAUACUGCAUCGAUUACAAUUGACAUCACGUGCGAUCAGCUGUUCGAGUAUCAUUCUGGCGCACGCAUGCCAUCGACGCCCGUCAUCGAAUCUGUAUACGAUGCGAACAUAAUUUCUACAGAGAUUUGGAUUCUACAAAAAGAAGGAAAGCUAUUGAAUAAACAUUCCCUUUUGCUCAUUGAGCUUAGAGAUAUUAUUUAUUUAUUAUAUUAAUCUAACAAAACAAAGGAUGACCGUUGGUCUAAAGACAAUGGGUUUAAUCAGAUUGAGCCGCCGAGUCCGGCGGAGUUUAAAUGUACGCAAUGUGAGUGAUCAACUUCUUGCGGACGGUGAGGUGAAAAAAAGAAGAACAUCGUUGAAUAUUAAUACGAACAUGUUGAAAAUCGGUUUUCUCGGUGGAGGAAAGAUGGCCCAAGCACUCGCGAAGGGUUUCAUACGAGCGGGUUUAAGUAAGGGCGAAAUGAUGUUGGCAAGUUGUCUCCCCAACGAUACGGGAAGUAUAGAGACGUUUAAGGAAAUAGGAUCAAAUACCGUAUUCACUAAUGGUCCUGUCGUCGAUUAUGGGGAUAUCUUAAUCCUCUCGGUAAAGCCGCAAAUUGUUCCAAAAGUUCUUCCAGAGUUGAAAAAUAAUAAGAAAUUACUUAUCUCCAUCGCCAUGGGUAUCCCCUUAGCAUCAUUAGAAAAGGCACUUCCAGAAGGAACACCCGUGAUAAGGGUAAUGCCAAAUACGCCGGCUUUGGUGGGUUGUGGCGCUACAGUGUAUACUCGUGGAAAGCAUGCCGGUGAUAAAGAGGCUGAAAUCGCGGAGAAACUAUUUUCCGCCGUAGGUUUCUGCGAAGAAAUCCAGGAGAAUCUCAUCGAUCCUGUCACCGCCUUGGCUGGCUCUGGUCCUGCCUAUGUGUACAUGAUAAUCGAAGCGUUAGCGGACGGCGGUGUAAAAAUGGGCCUUACUAGGCCUAUUGCAUAUAAACUCGCUGCACAAACUGUUCUAGGUGCUGGUACUAUGAUUCGCGAGACGAAUCUUCAUCCAGGUCAGCUUAAAGAUGACGUAUCUUCGCCGGCAGGGAGUACCAUAGCUGGCAUUCAUUAUUUAGAGCAGCAUGGUUUGAGAUCAGCGCUAAUCGGUGCUGUGGAAACUGCAACGCUUCGAUGUAGAGAAGUUAGUUCACAGAACGAAGAGAAGUAAAGAUAAUUAUGAAGAUACUCCAUGACAAUAAUAAAAGUAAUAUUAUUACACAAUAGUCGCAUCGCUAACAUUAAUGUUGAAGAAUGACACGUAAAUGUAGAUAUCUAUUGAAAAAUUGAAAUAACGAAGAGUACUGUUAUGUGCCAAGAGAUAUAAAUAUUAGAGAUUUCAUUUUUAUUGAGUUGUCACUAAUAUUAUUGAUGAUUAUAUUUCCGUUUCUUUUAAUAAUUUUUAUAAUUGCAAUUUUUAUGCAAUGUAAUUCAUAUUUAUAAAAAAUAUAGCAAGAUAAUGAUCAAUGUUAAAAAGUAAUAAAAAACUCAAAAUUCCACUAUAAAAAAAGUAAUGUACAUAUAAUGUAUAUUAUGCGUGUGCAUUGGUGCAUACUGUGAGAAUGCAAGUUGGCACUGUAUGAUCAAUGGCAUUUUAUUAUCUAAUGUAAAUAUUUUGAACGUCCUUGAAUUAAUUAGAAUAUCUAAAACAUAGCUGCGUGUAACAAAUUUAUAAAUAUUAUGUUAAUAAAUUUAUAGUGUUCAGCUUAAGUUGAACUUAAGCUGAUGUUAACAA